UGCGCAAUGCCUAGCCUACCUCCCGUUGUGUGAAGCGCGAUUUUAACGUCAUAUUUAGGCUCCUGAGCUGCUGUGUGGCCCACCAGUAUCAUGGCGUUUAAUUUCGGAAGCGCGACCGGGGCCACAGCCACCCAGGGUACAACAGGUUUUUCCCUGGGAAACUUUACUCCAAAAACAACUGCAUCUGGUUUUGGGUUUGGCACCGCUACAACCACAGCAUCAACUACAGGAUUUGGCGGAUUUGGAGGGCUUGAGUCAGCGAACUCCAACACCACUGGUUUUAACUUUGGUGGGUUCGGACUAGCUGCUAACCCUACAUUAAACUUUAACAUUGGGAAUUUCAGUGUUUCCUCUGCUCCAGCUCCGCCGUUCAAUUUUGGUAACACCCUGGCAAGUGCAGGUGGAUUUGGUGGCUUUGGAACCACAACUACUACACCUGCUUCUAGCACUGGUUUUAGUUUCUCUGCUCCAGCCAAUACUGGCACAACCGGUCUCUUUGGUAACACCCAAAACAAAACAUUUGGAUUUGGAAGUGCUUUUGGUACAACUGGAACAAACACUGGUCUUAAUACUGGGUUAUCUACUGGCCUGGGCUUUGGGGGGUUUGGCGCUCAACCUCAACAGCAGCAACAGCAGCAGAGUGCCCUUGGAGGUCUGUUUAACCAGCCGGCACAAAAUCCUAACCAGUCAAAUCAGCUGAUCAACACAGCAAGUGCACUGUCUGCACCAACAUUGCUCGGGGAUGAGAGAGACGCCAUCUUGGCCAAGUGGAACCAACUUCAGGCUUUUUGGGGAACUGGAAAAGGAUACUUCAGUAAUAACAUUCCUCCUGUGGAGUUCUCACAGGAGAAUCCUUUUUGUAGGUUUAAGGCUGUUGGUUUCAGUUGCAUACCCAACAACAAGGAUGAAGAUGGUCUUGUGGAACUUGUAUUUAAUAAAAAGGAAGCGGACAUCCGUGCUCAGCAGCAGCAGCUAGUGGAAUCUCUGCACAAAGUCUUGGGAGGACACCAGACCCUCACUGUAAAUGUGGAAGGGGUGAAAACGUUACCUGAUGACCAAACAGAAGUGAUUAUAUAUGUUGUUGAGCGCUCACCAAAUGGCACCUCCAGAAGAGUUCCUGCAACAGUUUUAAACAACCACUUUGAGCAAGCCAAUGUCAAGUCUAAUUUGCAACAGCUUGGAGUCAUUUUGACCAUUGCCCGGACUGAGCUGUCCCCGACACAGAUUAAACAGCUUCUUCAGAAUCCACCUGCUGGUGUGGAUCCAGUCAUUUGGGAUCAAGCAAAAAUUGAUAACCCUGAGCCAGAUGGACUGAUCCCUGUUGCUAUGGUUGGUUUCAAGGAACUUCUCAGAAGACUAAAAGUACAAGAUCAAAUGACAAAGCAGCACCAGUCCAGGCUAGAUAUUAUAUCGGAAGACAUUAGCGAGUUACAGAAAAAUCAGGCAACAACGAUGGCAAAAAUUGCGCAGUACAGACGGAAAUUAAUGGAACUUUCCCACAGAGUUCUUCAGGUCUUAAUAAAACAAGAAAUUCAGCGGAAAAGUGGGUUUGCCAUCCAAGCUGAGGAAGAACAGCUGCGUGUGCAACUGGACACUAUCCAGUCUGAACUUAAUGCACCUACCCAGUUCAAGGGUAGGCUGAAUGAACUAAUGUCACAGAUCAGAAUGCAGAAUCACUUUGGAGCAGUCCGAUCAGAAGAAAAGUAUUACGUAGACGGAGAUCUGUUGAGGGAAAUUAAGCAGCACUUAAAGCAACAGCAAGAAGGGCUGAGCCAUUUAAUCGGCAUAAUAAAGGAUAACUUGGAAGACAUCAAGCUGAUUGAGCAAGGACUGAGUGAUAAUGUCCAUUUACGUGGAGGAAUGUUCAGUUGAUACAAUAAACGUCAUUUUUCUUUCUCAAGGACAUUGAUUGUACUAUAACAUCACAUCAGGAAUGAUAACACUUUAAAAAGCAACAUGCCCCCCCCCCCCCCCCCCCCUGACAACAAACCAUUUGUAUUCUAGAUAUUGCAAAAUGAUUUAGCUUAAAAUCUUUUUUCUCCAAGCUGUGCCGCACUACUGGAGCAGUAAAGGUCUCUCCUCUAUUGUGUUUUGUGCAGCAUAGUGAAGUGACCUUCUCUUAGCAGGACUGUGAAUGCACAAACCUCAGUAAAGCAUGAUUUGGGGCCACCUUUGUGACAUACUGAAAUAGACUGUUAACAAACAAAUGCUAUUUUGGAAGUUUAAUUCGGUGUUGAGACUGUUAUACAUGUUAUACAUGAUACAUGUUAAUAUUUAAUACAGGGUCUUAUUGAAAAUAUAUAGGGAAUAAAUAUUUUUCUUAUAGUUUAUAUAUGUGUAAAAAUUUCAACCUGCUGGUGCCUUGUAUUGUAUAGAGAUUUUUAGAUGUUCCCCCUGGACGUCUGAAUUGGAUAGUGGACAGAUGAGACAAAUUUUACAUGGGAAACUAUCACACAAGUACCCGUCUGUAGUAGACAGUGUCAUUCAUUCAUUUCACUGCUUUGCCACUUAUAUCAUAAUAUAUAAUAGCAGCAGUUCAUAAGCUCAGAGUGUAUUCCUCCUGAUUUGGUGAAAUCUUUUUGAAUAUUAUAUUUUAUGGGAGGAAAAAAAUAAAGUUGUCGUGCAGCCGAAUAGUUUCCGGACCACAGGUCAAC